AGCAAUAGCGAGGUCUUUCACAGCGACUGGGGUAUUGUGCGCAUUUGUACAGCGGAUCAAAGGAAGACGGAUAAGGGAACAACAAGAAAACCUUGUAUUAUUAGUCGCCUCGCCCAUGUUAAAAAGAAAACGAGGAAGCAGACAAGGAAAAAUACAACUUUGAAAUUAAAAUAAAUCAUUUGCCAAAGACUGACGGUAGCUAGCCAACUUGCUAGCUAGCUUGUAAUACCUACGUUUGGGGGGAUCGGAUUGGAAUUUGAGGGGCUGUGCAUUUAUUAGAUGGAAAGUUCUAUUAUUACUCAGGUGCAGAAAGAAGACAGUCAACUGCCGUCGAAAACAGGUCAGGUGAACAAAUCUUCCCCCAAAAAGCCUCGGAGUAGAAAUAUCUUCAAAGCGCUCUUCUGUUGCCUCCGAGCACAGGAUGCCCCUCAGGCUCCACCGCCUUCCCAGGAUACUCUGCUGCAGCCUGAGGAUAAUGGGACGGUUGCCAAGUCUGAUCUCCUUCAAAGUCUCCGCUACCAGUUUCAUCAAAUCCCAGGGACCUGCCUGCUGCCCGAGGUGACGCCCCAGGAUCAGGGCAAGAUAUGUGUGGUCAUCGAUCUGGAUGAGACGCUGGUGCACAGCUCCUUCAAGCCUAUCAGUAAUGCAGACUUCAUUGUUCCUGUGGAGAUUGAGGGGACAACACACCAGGUCUACGUCCUGAAGAGGCCACACGUAGACGAGUUCCUUCAACGGAUGGGGGAGAUGUUUGAGUGCAUCCUUUUCACUGCCAGCCUCGCCAAGUAUGCAGACCCAGUGACUGACCUGCUGGACCGCUGCGGUGUGUUUCGGGCGCGGCUUUUCCGGGAAUCCUGCGUUUUCCACCAGGGCUGCUACGUCAAAGACCUGAGCCGGCUGGGCCGUGAGCUCCACAAAACCCUGAUCCUGGACAACUCCCCUGCCUCCUACAUCUUCCACCCUGAAAAUGCUGUGCCUGUAGUGUCCUGGUUCGAUGACCUGGAAGACACUGAGCUGCUCAACCUCCUACCCAUCUUCGAGGAGCUGAGUCAGGCAGAGGACGUCUAUGCCAAACUACAGCAGCUGCGAGCCCCUUGACCUCUGACCCCUGACCCCCAUCCCCCCAGACCAGACCAGACCCCACUCCAUAAAAGCAAACUCUGUUGAAAGGCAGGCGCAGUACCCUGCCCCCUGGCCUUGUGUCCAAGCAGCGGUCCAUCGUUCCUCUCAUCGUUCGGUCCUCCCUCUCAAGUUCACUGGGCGAGUUUGUUUCCAGACCGAGGGGGCUAGCGGCAGCACAGUCCAGGUGGAAAAUGACCAACUCAAACAGGCCUGUCUUCCGGACUCGGCUUCAUCAACAACUCAACCAACACCUUUCAAUCUCAACACUUCAGCCUUGCACAGGACUUUACAAAGCACUACCGUUUCCAAAACAAGACUUCUCCUGAUUAUAGGACUAUCACAAAUGGGAUUCUCAAUGCAUUACUGUAAUGUAACUGGCCUUAUAACUUAGAUGCCAACUGCUGGUGGCUUUAAGGCUUUGCAAAAAAGAGGUGCAGCCGUAAAUAUUGUUCAGAUAUGAAGUGGAUGCCUUUGAAACAAAAUGGCUAUUUUUCAGAAAGGUACUUCCUUCUACAGGUUUUCAGAACUGCCUUAAGUCAUCUCAAGGAAAUCCCUUAAAAAAAAAAAUCCAUGGGUCUUUCUAGCCAGUCACAAACCAGCACGACCUGACAUGUGACUUGGGGGUCCUUUGUACCCCUGAUUGUCCAUCACUGUGCCUUUUGAAAAGUGAUUAAAUUUCAGUAAAAGAAAAGCUUUUUGUUCCUUUACAAGUAAUGGUUGUUCUUUUUUCAGAUUGUUUCAGCUGUUUUUUAUAUACAUUUUAAAUGUCUUUUUAAUGUUCAGUGUGUUAAGCAAGAAGUGAUUUUUCAUUUUGUAAUAAUGUUUCAAAAGCAGCAUGAGGAAAAUCAGCCAUACAGAAUGCUUCUUGGCAGCAGCCUUCCGAGAUGGAGUCAGGGACUCGCCGUCAUCAGUUGCAGGGGACCAUCUCAGCUACAGGGUUAAAUCCACAGUAUUACAGCAGAUGCUGGCCUUGACAAAGCCUGGCCCACUCUAUGCAAUUCAACCCUACACACAUUCAGAUCGCUGCUCCUGCGUUCCCUCUUGGGUCCUGUGGACCAGGUUCAGCUGCCUUUGAGACCAGUGCUAAACUGGACAGGCCCCUCACGAAAUGGGCUUGUCACAAAAUGAGCCUGCUCGGACAGCAUGAGCGCAUGCACACCGUAUUCCUGCGGCACUUGUUCUGCCUUGGGGUAUGCCAUUGAGACUUUUCUUUUGUCGCAUUUGUGAGCGGGGUGGGCGUCCACUGCUGUGGCCUUGUCCUGGAGGCAGUGGUGCUCUGUAGACCAGGGCAUCUGCAAUCACACUGUUCCUGUUGUCUGUGUCUGUUUAUAUUGGUGACGUGAUGACGGUUAUCAUCAUUGGUUUUUGUUCCCCCCUAACAGUAAUUAAAACCCUCCUCGUGGGGGAGUUUGCAGAAGGGCAACAGCAGUACCUGCACGUCAGCCCACAGUUCCUGGUCAGGGUGGAGAAAGUGCUCGAUUAAACACACCUGGAGAUAUUUGUUAUAGUGGAGACAGGACACACCCCCCCCCCCCCCCCCCCCCCGCUGAUGGGAACUAUCCUGGCUUCAGUUCAUCCAAAAGGAAUUUUCUUUUUCCUUUUUUCCCCCCAAAUGAAACAAAGCACCUACCUAUUUCAAAUGUGCAAAGUGCCUGAGGUUUAUUACUGGACCUUUGGACUGAGUGGCGAAGGAACCUCCAUAUUUCAUUUUGUUUGUUUUUUUUUUCAUUAACAUUUCAGAUUGUAUACCUAUCCCUUCUUUUGCUAACCUUUGGAUUUAUGAUGUUGAAAGAAUCUGCCUUGUUUGUGCACAAUGCAAGCAGUAACAUUACUGUCCUGGUGACCCUGUCCAUUUUCUGAAAUUUGUGAUCAGAUUGAUGUCAUGCUCUUUGUCAUGCUGAUUGAAGGGGCCUCAACUGAUUUAUACAUAAUCUGUUUCUGUCAGCUACCUUGAUCUGUCACUCAUAGAUAUAAUUCUUAUCUUGUUUCUUUUUGGUGUUGGGACACGGUGGAGGGUAUUAAGUCAACCACUUGCUGUGUAAUAAGUAUAACUGAAUCCAAGUGGUGAAUACAGACAAGGGUUUACCAAAGCUGCCCAUCUUUCUCAUGGGGGACCAAGCAAUUCCAAAUGCAAACAAUAUUAAAGCCCUUUCUGUCUCUGUUUUUCAGGAUUUUUUUUCCUUAUUUGUCACUAUGUGAUAUGCAAUACGACAUCAUUGGAGCAAUAAUGCAGUUUUGCGAUGUGCACAUCUGUCACCAAAGUUCACUGUGACAUAGCUAAUACAGGCACGUUGCAGGCACACUCCUCGUCCCAGCUGAUUGUAAUUCAGGGCUCCCUAACUGGUCACUUUUAAGGACCCAUAAGCACCUGACUGCCCAGAGAGAUCUUUGGGAGUGAAUAAAGAGAAUGUGGUAGCAUCCAUUUCAGUCUAAGCAGAGAUUGGGUUGAGCCUGUGUAAUCACUAGAUCAGGUCUGAGCAGGGGGUAGGUUGAGUGAGCACAGAUGGGGUUGGGUCUAAGCAGGGAUUGGGUCUGAGCAGAGAUGUGGUUUAGUAUGGGUAAAGACCUGGUUGAGUGCAGGCAGAAAUGGGUUUGAGUCAGUAGAAACAGUUGAAGUAAGUGGUGGUGAGCUCCUGGCAGAGUGUCUGUAUGACCAGAUCCUUUGCCUCGAUCCUGCAUACACAUGUACUACAUUAAAGUGUUCAUGUGUAAUUCUAGUACAUGCACCAGAUAAAAGUGUUAACAUGUAAUACACACACUAGGUUUAGGUGUUCAUGUAUAAAUCUGGCACAUAUACAAAUUUAUGGUAUUCAUGUGUCAUUCUAGUACGUGUACUAGAUUAGUGUUUCAUGUAUGAAUCUAGCAUACAUACUAGAUGAAUGUUAUUGUGUAGUUCUAGCACAUGUACUAGAUUAUAGAACCUGUGAAAGGCAGACAGGUUCUAGAAUACGAGUCAUUUUUA